UGGAAUAGUUCAUUCGGAUCGGCAAGUUUGUUAUGCUCCAAGAUUAAUGUAUCUAGGCCUGGCAAGGAUUCGCCAAUUUCAUUUGGGAGACGGUUUAUUUUGUUAUGCAAAAGAUUAAUAUAUUUGGUGCUUUUAAAGUUGUACUUGAGCAGCUUAUCGGGCAGUGUUGUGUAAUUAUUUCCGAUAUUCGAGAGUGUCUUCCGAUAUUCAAGACUGUCUUUCGAUAUUCAAGAGUGCAUCACUGCUUCUUGCCAAAGCGAAGCAUGCGAACAGCUCGUUGCCUCCUCGUAGGUUGCUGGAAUGGGCACAUCACUUACAACCAUUGCGCUGAGUAUAUUAAAUUGCUUCCUUGGGCGACUAGGUCUGCCCGUUCUUAGCAAUUUCGAUCUUCCAGGCUCAAUUCGUGGGAUCUGCUCUUCCUCCAGUUUCUUCUUUGCAGUGACCUUCGCACUAAGCCUCUGUCUAACUGUAAAUACCUGCCCAACAUUGCUGAGCUUUCUGCGCUCUCUUUCCUCCUGCCUUCUUCCUUCAACUUUAUACAUGGAAUUUCAAACGUUGGAGGACCGUCGCACGUCUCGAUGGCAACAACAAAAUUCUCAUGGAUCGGGAAAGCAAAACAAUGACUCUGAGCUCGUCAACUAUUGCUAUUCCAAUUCCGGCAAGCUGAUCCAUGCUUUGCCCCUCCGCCAUGCGUGAAUUGAGCUACUUUUUGUAUAGCGAGACUUUGCGCACCGGCCCGCUUGGCUGAUGAACUUCGCGCACCUUAGUCCCUGCCCUCUGCGACGUUGUGCAGUUCGUGAUGUAUCCCACCUGCGAUGCCUUAAAACUUAGCGUAAUCGUUGCCAAUGUCAAUAUUAUCGCCAACAUCAGACUCCAGUAAAUCCCCCGACGCAACUUUCCAUAGAUCCGCAUGCACCAACACCUAUUAAUAUUCAUUAAUGAGGGACUUAACAUAAUUUUCAGCAGUAAUUAAUUAAUUUGC